AUGUGGCAAAUUCGUCAGAUUUUUGAAUGUAUGCAGACUGUUUUCGUGGAUGGUCAGCUUGCUGGUGUACUGCGAACGGUUUCCUCAUCUUCAUGGAUGCCAAAAGUGAUGGAGAAGAUGAUGCAGGAUGAAGUGUUGUAUUUGGCAAAAUGUAUGAAAGAUGAGAUUUCAAAAACAAAUGAUUACUGUAGGCAACUUUCGCUUAUUCCAUUGGAUCAGAAUUCGUUUAUUACGGAUUGCACUUCGUUUCUGGAAAGUAUUUGUUCUGCAUCCGCCGAUGUUGUGAAAUUCAAAUGCAGUGUUUUGGAAAGCGCGUCAUCAUUUAUUGAUUUUAUCAAAAUUCUCCUGGAAGCUUUUGCUGAGGUAAGCACGCGUAUCACUCUUAUUGAGCAUGAGAGGGCAUUGUUCUGUAUGAGAAGGCUUCACGUCCUGUAG